GCCCUUCCCACCCGCACGCAAAGCUCCACAGCCGGUGCCGCCAUGCUGCUCCACCACCUCCUCCCCCCCUCCUCCAGGGCCCCGUCCCGCCCCUCUCCGCGGCUGCCGAGCGUAGGUGUCGCUGCUGCGUUCACGGUCCGGUGCGCGUCCUCCUCGGCCCAGUCGCUGCCGGCGUCGUCGUCAUCGUUGGCCGGGCAGCAGGUGGCGAAUGUGCACAGCUACGGGACGGUGGACUUCGAGCGGCGCCCGGCGCUGCGGUGGAGCAGCCUGUACCGGCGCGUGGCGGUGGGCCACGGCGGCCGGCCCGUGGGGCGGACGCUGGCGGACUGGGACGAGGGCGAGCGCCGCCUCGACAAGUGGGAGCUCUGCCGCAUCGCCAGGGAGCUCCGCAAGUUCCGCCGGUUCAACCUCGCGCUCGAGGUUUAUGAUUGGAUGACUGAUCGAAGGGAUAGAUUUUCGCUUUCAUCUAGUGAUAUGGCGAUCCAGUUAGAUCUGAUUGCAAAAGUACGUGGUGUUCCAGAUGCUGAAGAAUACUUUGAAAAACUUCCUGACCCACUGAAAGACAAGCGAACAUAUGGGUCUCUUCUCAAUGUUUAUGCCCAAGCUAGGAUGAAAGAGAAAACAGAAUACACAUUUGAGCAGAUGAGGAAAAAGGCGUUUGCAACUGACACAUUACCUUUUAAUGUGUUGAUGAAUUUUUACGUGGAUGUUGCAGAGCCUGAGAAAGUGUCUACAGUUACUGAUGAGAUGAAGCAAAGAAAUAUCGCCUUUGAUGUCUGCACUUACAACAUUUGGAUAAAGUGCUGUGCAGCUAUGAAAGACGCUGAUGCAAUGGAACGAGUCUUUAACCAGAUGAUUGCUGAUGAGUCCGUUGUUGCCAACUGGACUACUUAUACCACACUUGCUAGCAUGCAUAUCAAGCUGGAGAACUUUGAGAAGGCAGAAGAAUGCCUGAAAGAAGCUGAGAAGCGAGCAACAGGUAGGGAUAAAAAAUGUUUCCAUUUUCUCAUCACACUCUAUAGCCAUCUUCAGAAGAAAGAAGAAGUCUACCGCAUUUGGAAUUGGUACAAAGCAACUUUCAAGACAAUUCAUAACCUGGGUUACCAGGAGGUACUGUCUGCCCUUGUUAGGCUAGGAGAUAUAGAGGGAGCUGAACUUCUAUAUGAAGAAUGGGCAUCCAAAAGUUCUAGUUUCGAUCCGAAGACUAUGAACAUUUUAUUAGCAUGGUAUUCUAGAGAAGGUUUUGUUGUGAAGGCUGAGCAAACUCUGAACAGAUUUGUUGAGAAAGGUGGGAACCCCAAACCAAAUACCUGGGAAAUCCUUGCCACGGCGUAUCUGAAGGACAAUCAGUUUGCUGAAUCUCUGUCAUGUUUGGAGAAAGCCACUGCAGUUAAAAGUGCUAGUAAAUGGAGACCAAGACCAACCAAUGUUGAGAGUCUCCUGGCAUAUUUCAAGGAGAAGAACGACACGGAGAGUGUCGACAGGUUAAUGAGUUUACUCAGAAGUAGAGGGUGUGCUGAGAACGAAGAGUACAAGUCAUUGUUUGACACCUAUGCUUUGGCGGUUGCGGGCACGUGAUGAUGGACGGACACCAACGAUACGAUAUGAUUAGUAAAUAGCCCUUGAACACUUCUUGUAAUCUGAAUGUUGGAAGAACCCCUGCUUGAGAGUUCAUGUGGUACGGCUCUGUACUUCUUUUCAUUCCAGAGCGGUUAGGUGCAUUUUAUAAGUUGUUUCCCUACACAAAAUUGGACAAUAUAAGGUACAUAGAUUAUAGGUCUGCCUUCUUUCUGACCACUUAGUUCAGUUAGAAAUUCUCAGAUCAUCAAGAGGAGGCCGUUUACCAGGUUCCUUUGUACUUUCUACAUGUACAUCGACAUUACCAUCGAGGAGUUAAUCGUGCCUUCUCCAUGGAAGCGUUCAUUUUCA